AGCAACAUUAACUAUUUUGUUACUCACAACUUCACAGUCACUUUCAGGGGCUAGUUCUUCAACUAACCUGUUCAUGGCCAUGAAUAUGAUAUCAUCAGAUCCUCUUGUUAUAGGGAAGGUGAUCGGAGAUGUAGUGGAUCAUUUCACUCCAACUGUGAAAAUCACUGUCUCCUACAACAAUAAUAAGCAGGUCUAUAAUGGUCAUGAGUUUUUCCCUUCCUCAGUAACCACUAAGCCUAAGGUUCAGAUUCAUGGAGGUGAUAUGAGAUCCUUCUUCACUCUGGUCAUGACAGAUCCAGACGUUCCUGGCCCUAGUGAUCCAUACCUGAGGGAACACUUACACUGGCUGGUCACAGAUAUCCCCGGCACAACGGACGCCACAUUUGGAAAUGAGGUGGUGGAGUACGAAAUUCCAAGGCCAAACAUAGGGAUACAUAGGUUUGUGUUUCUGGUUUUCAAGCAGAAGCGGAGGCAGGGAGUGCUGAAAACACCAACAACAAGGGACCUCUUUAACUCGAGGAGCUUUGCAGAGGAGAAUGAGUUGGGGCCUCCUGUGGCUGCUGUGUUUUUCAAUGCUCAAAGGGAAACCGCUGCCAGAAGACGUUGAAUAAUGAACCAAAACCCCACAAAAAGUAAAGCUUAGCAGCCUAUAUAUAUAGCUGUGCUGUCCAGCAAAAAAUAACUAUAGUUUAGGUUUCUAAGGGUGGGGGGCACUUUGUUAUGUUUUAGUACUUUUGACUUAUCCGUAAAAUUAAUUAUAUAUCCAUGUAUGUGCUAGCAUGUAUGUAAUGUAAGCUAUUGUUAAUCUAGUUGCAGUGCA